AUGUACAGUAUUCCGGAUCUGCAGACCUUUGUCUCUGUUGCCAAAACCGGUGGCAUCACGUCCGCCGCAAGACAUCUCGGUAUCUCGACAGCAACGACCAGUCACCGGAUCGCAAAGCUGGAACGGGUUCUGAAAGUGACCCUCUUUCACCGCAACAGCCGCACGUUUCGCCUGACGGACGAGGGGCAGGUAUUCCUGGAGCGUGUGGAUACCGUUCUGGAGGACCUGCAACAGGCGGAACUCGAUGUCGGCAGUGGAACUGCAUCCCUGCGUGGCCAUCUGCGUGUGACGAUGUCGCCCUGGAUCCUGUCGCGCUUCAUCAUGCCGGAGAUGCGCGAAUUUCGUGAGCAUCAUCCUGAUCUCACAAUCGAGUUCCUGGCCGUCGAUCGUUUUGUGCCGCUGGUUGAGGAGGGUCAGGAUUGCGCAAUCAGGGUUGGCCAGCUGGAUGACAGUUCCCUGGUUGCCCAGAAGCUCAGCGACAACGAGCGGAUCAUCUGCGCAUCCCCGGAUCUUUUGUCGAGCUCGGGAGACCCGAAAUCCGUGGAGGACCUCAAAGAUGCACCCUGGGUCUGCCUUCCCUGGCAGACACGUUUCGAUGUCAACGACGCAAGAGGCGUUCAUUCCGGCGUUGAAAUCGAACGCGGCCAGCUUUUCAUUUUCAGGACGGUGACUGCCCGACCGCCUGCAGUGAUCCUGUGCGAGCCGCAGCUGGGUGAAAACAUCGGAACCGCAGCGCGGGCAAUGGCGAAUUUCGGUCUGGUCGACCUUCGGAUUGUCAACCCGCGCGACGGCUGGCCGAGUGAAAAGGCGCGUGCUGCGGCAAGCCGGGCAGACCAUGUGAUCGACAAGGUGCAGGUGUUUGACAGCGUUGAGGCGGCGAUCGCGGACCUGCAGUUCGUCUUUGCAACGACAGCGCGGUCUCGCGAAGUGCCGAAACCCGUUCGCAGCCCUGACGAAUCUGCAAGGAAAUCGGUCGAGUUCGGAGAAAAUGGUCACGCUACCGGUUAUCUCUUCGGACGCGAGCGUUGGGGUCUCAACAAUGAGGAAGUCGCGCUGGCCGACGAGAUUGUCACGCUGCCCGUUGACCCCGAUUUCGCGUCUCUGAACAUUGCCCAGGCUGUGCUGGUGUGCGCCUACGAAUGGCGCAAGACGGCAACGUCCGGCGCGUUGCCUUUCAUCUUGUCGAAGGAUGAACAUCCGCCGGCGAAAAAAGACGAUCUCCUGAGGUUUUUCGAGCAUCUGGAAGGUGCGCUCGACGAAGCGACAUUUUUUCGUCCACCGGAGCGGCGCCCGCAUAUGGUGCGCACGCUUCGAAACAUUUUCCAGAAGGCGGAGCUGACGGAACAGGAGGUCCGGGCGUUGAGCGCAGCACUGACGGCGGCGAAGAGUAGGAGAAGGCAUUUGGGCUCGAACGGUCCGGUUCUGAUUUUCGAUUCCGGCCUUGGCGGGCUCACGGUGCUGCGCGAAGCGCGCUACCUGCUUCCCUACGAAACCCUGCUUUAUGUCGCCGAUGACGCGGCCUUUCCGAUCGGCCGCUGGCCGGAAGCGGACCUCAGGGACCGCAUGCUGUCGCUUUUCGGUGAGCUUAUCGCCAUCCACCGGCCCAAAGCGAUCGUCAUUGCCUGCAAUACGGCCUUUACGCUGGCAGGCGAUGCGCUUCGCAAAGCCUACCCGGAUGUGCCCUUUGUCGGCACAGUGCCUGCGAUCAAGCCGGCGGCAGAACGAACGUCUUCAGGUCUCAUUUCGGUGCUGGCAACACCUGGAACCGUGCGCAGGACGUAUACCAGGAGCCUGAUCGACAGCUUUGCCAAGCAAUGCCACGUGCGUCUUGUCGGUUCGGAUAACCUUGCGGAACUUUCUGAACGCCAUUUGCGCGGCGAGACUGUUUCCAACGAGGAGCUGCUCACCGAGAUUUCGGGUUGUUUCCUGGAACGCGACGGGCGGCGGACCGACAUUGUCGUGCUGGCCUGCACGCAUUAUCCGUUUCUGGCAAACCGUUUCCGCAGGAUCGCGCCCUGGCCGGUCGACUGGCUUGAUCCCGCAGAAGCGAUAGCGCGUCAGCUUGUUCGUGUGCUUGGAGCAAAGGCUGCAAGCAGCCCGUCGAGUGAUCCGGAUCGCGCUCUGUUCACAUCAAAUCCCGAUGAUCCGGGGCUUUCGCGGUUGCUGGCAGGUUUCGGCCUGAUGCUCAGCGCGGCAAACGGAGCUUAG